UUUCAGGUGGUAGAAUUAUUUCAAACACUGUAUAUGCAAUUGUUUUGGGUUAGUUUUAGCUUCCUGGUCUAGCUGAGCAGUCAGGGUCGGAGUAGUCCCUCCUGCUAUAGCGUCUCACACAGACAGGGGGAGAUGUAGAGCUCCAUUCACAAAGCACAUGUAAGGUUGCCAGAUUGUUAUUAAACACUUAUUUUAAAAAAUACGGUUUAAACCCUUACGAUAGCAGUUAGAAUUGGAACAAGUUACUGAUGAAGUUUGUUAGAGUUUGUAUAGAGGGUUUAAAGGGUUAACAUGUUGGAGAAAUACAGUGUUAAUCUGGCAACUCUUUUGGGAAAAAAAACCUCAACGCAACCUGGCAACCUUGCGCGCAGAGAAACGUGGGCUGAGCGCUUGGCGACGCACUCACACAGCCGGAGUUCCCACACAUCUCAAAGUGAUCGCGGGUCAGAAACGGGCGAGUGAGCGAGCGAGCGAGCUUGUACCGAAAAGUGUUGCGGAUUAACCGAGUUUAACGCACAGAGCGAAACUCACGCGGAGCCACGGACACCCGGAACGGAAACCUCGGCGUGUCGGAGCGGUGAGCGAUGCGCUGGCACCAUGGCCAAAUGGUUCAAGGAGCACCUGGGAUUCAAGAGCGCCAAAGCCUCGCCGCCGGCGCCUCCGAGACCGGACUACCGGCACUGCCACGCGGCCGCCGCAGCUUACCAACACGCGGGCGCAGGCACUGGCACCGUAGGCGCGAGCUACCCGAGCCCCGCGCAGCCGGAUAUCCUCGCCGCGUACAAACUCCAGAAAGAGCUGGACUUCGAGGACCCUUACGCGGCCGGCGCCAACACUCCUUUCUCGGGCGCAGCGCUCUCGGAGGUGAAGUACGUGUCCCCGAAACACCGCCUCAUCAAAGUGGAGACGCUGGAGAGGAGCUGCGCAAGCCCGAGUGCUGGCGGCGGCGGCGGCGGAGGUGCUGGUGGUGGUGGAGGAAGCGCGACCCAGGCAGCUGCAGGGAGCACGAGAUCUCCCACAUCCCCACCCGCCGAGCACGAGACUAAGCAGGACAAGGUGAUCAUCUUGGAGGACUACGCCGACCCUUUCGAUGCUGCGGAUCAAGCAGGUGGCACCCAGAGCAGCGCGGAGAAGCCGGUGGAGAACGACGGCUACAUGGAGCCGUACGAGGCUCAGAAGAUGAUGGCUGAGAUCCGAGGGAGUCGUGGCGUAAAGGACGGCCCGGUUCGGCAGCUUCCCCUGUACGACACCCCGUACGAGCCUGCGGAGAACGGCGGGGAUUCUGACCCCCUGUGUUCACGCGAGAGCAGACUGCCUCAGGAUGACGAGAGGCCGCCGGAGGAGUACGAUCAGCCCUGGGAGUGGAAGAAAGAACGCAUCUCGAAGGCUUUCGCAGCUCUGCUUUGUUAUGACUGCAUUAGCAGCAAAGGAGAAGGCAGAGGAUCAGCUCGGAGAAGAGUCAACACCUCCAAAUCCCUCACAGUCCAGUUCGAAGGGGUGGAGAAAGGCAGGAUGUCUCCGACGAAAGAUGGGAAAUCGAGGCCGCCCCAGCGCCACUCCAGCGGCUGUCUGGUCAACAUGAAGAUGAGUUCGGUGGAGCAGUGUAUGCCGACGCUGGGCGAGCGCAUCGACCCCACCAUGCCUCUGGAGAGCCAGUUCUGGUAUCAUGGAGCAAUCAGUCGAACGGACGCUGAGUCAUUGCUGAGGUUGUGUAAAGAGGCCAGUUACCUAGUGAGAAACAGCGAGACCAGCAAGAACGAUUUCUCCCUCUCUCUCAAGAGCAGCCAGGGUUUCAUGCACAUGAAGCUGUCGCGAACCAAAGACAACAAGUACAUCCUGGGCCAGAACAGCUGUCUGUUCGACAGCGUGCCGGAGAUCAUCCAUUUCUACUCCAGCCGCAAGCUGCCAAUCAAAGGAGCCGAGCACAUGUCCCUCCUGUACCCCGUGGCCAUCCGGACACUUUAGCCUCCAGUCUAGAAGUCGAUCGCUGAACAAAUGGCGUGUAGAUGCCUGUUACAGAUGGAUUGAACAUCCAUCAUCUGCAUUUACAACAGCGUCUUAUAAUGUUUGAUGACUAAUAUGGUGUCUGUUAAGCCUUUGUGAAUGGCUGAUUGUACACAGUGCUACUGGAACACUGUCCAGCAAAGACUGGAAGACUUUAGAGGCUUUAAAAAAGCCCUCACUUUCUCACUGAUGGUGUCAAAUCUCAAGUCUUUUUUAAUUUGCGCCGAGUCAUACCUUCAGCUCAGUGGAUUAUGGAGACCACACAGACCACACCAAGCAGACUAAUAUGUAAAUAAUAUGUUUUCCAGCAGCUCUAAUGCGCACCCUCAUCCCUUUCUGCUGAAAUGUCCUAUUCAUGUGGACUUAAAACCCUGAGCUUUGGCCUGCACCCACACUUUGAUUGUUUGGUCUCAUGCAUACUGUAAUAAAAUCUCACGCAAACCAUUUGUGGACGUUUCUGAACUCCAGGAUGACGUAUAAACUGCUGUUUUGUUAACACUAGUGAACCGAUCGCGAUACCACAACUCAUUUGAACUUCCUGAAAGGAUUCUAGCAUGUGUUUUUCUUUUCAGUGUGAAAACAAGAUGGGUUCCGAGUUCAGAGAUGACAAAUUGGUAGGAAAUCUUUGUUUGUCUUUCUACCAAAAUCACGCUCUGUGAAACAGAGUCAGGCUGAUUUAGCAAGAACGAUUAGCAAGAAACUAAUGCCAUGUCCUACAACGUCGCUGUUCUCUACAAAGUGUAAUGUACAUUAUGUAUUUUCUUCACCCUUUAGGAUGCAUCAUUUGAACUCUAAGCAGUGCAUUGUGGGAUUUGAUGAGCACCUUGGAUGUUCUCCACUAUGCUGUUUCAGACAUACAAAUAACAAAUAACUGGUAACGCUACUUAAGGGUGGUGUUCAUAGGGUUGACCCCCUCCAUAAGCCCUUCAUGAAAUUGACAUUUAAAAGCAUAAUAUGUCAUAAAGACUGCCUUCAUCAGUUCUGAUGACAAACACUUACAUGACACCUACAUAAACCUGCAUAAGCAUUCAUAAAGGAUUAUUCCAAUUAGCAUCAUGUGUCCUUAAGUCUGUUUUGAUGUCAAGUUGACAUAAGACUACAAAUCUUUCAUGUCAACAGACACAAUCCUGCAUAAGCAUUUAUGAAGGCUGUUCAUUUAUCGGUGUCUGUUGAUAAAAACCACUUCCUUCAGCUUAAUGUCAAGUUGACGUUCCCCCUUAUGUCAAGGGAAAAUAUUUCAUGUUGACAAAUGUCAUGACCGCUGACUUUGUAGCUCUUUUUGGUGUGAUGGUGUAACGUCAAACCUCAAAAUCGAACUAAUUCUUUCUCAUUUGUGAGAAAAUAUACAUAACGUUGUAAUGGCAUUGUCAUAAGUAUUCAUCACAAUAGGUUAGGUUUUUUUUAUUUAUUUAUUUAUUUAUUCCAAUUUAAUCCUGUCACUUUUCAAAGUAUAUCCGAUCAUCAUGUGACUCAACCAUAUUAGAAGUUCACCGAGCUAUAAAGUCAGUUGUCAUGACGUUCUGUAAGAAGUAUAAUUACACAAACCUGUCAUUUGAAUUAGAGGCCAUGAAGAAAGCUUCUCUUUUUUUUUUUUCAGGAGCAUUUAAAAGCCUUUCUAAAGGUUAUUUACUUGUUUAGGGGGGUGUUGUUUUUUUUUUUGCCACCACCUCCCCUCCUGAGGACUUUAACACUAUUAAAAAGUUACGUUUUUGGACUGUUAAAGCUAACCCUAAGAAAAGCGACAGAGAAGAAGAAGAAAUUUUUGAAAGGGCUCCCGAGUGGCGCAACAUAAAAGCGUUCGUCCUCUUGUUCAAUCACGGCAGCAAUAGCUAAUCAUGGGUGUAUGUGGAAAAAGGCAGAUAACUCAUUCCUCUGAGUGUGUUAUGCUGUCCUGUAAAGUUAGCUUUCACUCUCCCUGGUUGUGCUAUCUUAGGCAGCUAAUACGGGGGAGAAAAAUAAAUAUAUGCAUAUUUUUAUGUAUAUAUAAUUAUAUAUACAUACAGUAUACGUUUAUGCAGGUUUGUGUCAUGAAGAAUUUAUAUACUUGUACAUUUAUCACCACCCUUAAGUAGUGUUCAAAAAUUACCUGAGUGUCUUUUUUUUUUUUUUUUUUUUUUUAGCUCUAAAACUAUCUUUACAACCAUUACAAUCUGAUCUCUCUACAAGUUGCAUAAAAAAAAUACAAGUGCAGAUUUAGUGCAUUUGAACAGUGCCAAAAAUUCAGUUAGUUCAGAUAAUGGACUAUAUGUUUGUCUUGAGACUGAAUGCCCUUGAGUGGCCAAGUGAAGCAUGGAAAAGGAUGUUUCAGACGUUUCAUAAAAAAAAUGAGCCACUUUACAUUCAAUCCCCCCUCCUCAGCUUAAGACUCUCUUGACUAGGGAGAAUGAAAUAUGUCUGCAUUGUCUACCUCAGAAAAUCAAUUUAAUUCCACCCAUCAGCCAAUCAAUAAGGUACAAUAAGAUUGCAGAUAUCGAUCCAGCUCCCUUUUCCUCUCGUCCAUUUCCACCACAUUGUACCUUGGCUUUACCUUCGAAGAGUUCGUCUUGGUUAAACGCAAUGAAAAGUUGGUUUGUUGCGCGCUUGUGCUCGCCCGCUUGUUUUUACGAUCGUUUGUAUGUAAAUGUUACUCUGUACUCGUACGUGAUGCCAGUGACAUCUUUUGGGUUCAUGCCUUAUACUGUAGAUGCAUGGUGAGGAAAAAUAAUCAGUCUACUUGAUCACCGUCCACAACAACAAGAAAUAUUCUGCUUUAAGUGAAUGUUCUGUGACUGUAAUUUAUUAUGGAGUGAUGAUUAUUAUAGCUGUGUUUUACUCCCAGACAAGGUGACUGAGACCCUUUUAUUUUCUCUUUGUUCAGUUCUUUGUGUGUGUGUGUGCGUGUGUAUACAAAGGAAAGAGACUAGCAUUCUCAAAAAAUUCUAUGGUGCUUGUGCGUAUGCUAUUGAUCUGUUUGUUUUCCACAUGAUGCCCUGUUACAGAUUUCUGUAUGUUGCGUAAACAUGAUGCACAGCCUGAUUGUGGUACAGACCAAAACCUGGAAUAUGCAAUGGUUUCUCCCGUCUUUGUGCUUUUGUUGCCUGAUUGUGAGCCUCUCAGCAGGCGGGUCUGCUUAUGAAAAGGCCUUAUUUAAUCAUCUUUAUUGCUGGGGAAGCAAAGCCUUGCAGGUCUUGGAAAUAACGAGGAGCCGAGAUGAAAGUCACUAAUUAAACUCGUAAACCUUUAAACCCAUAUUGCGAACCAUUCUGAGUCGCAUACAGUGUGUCGAAUGCAUUUAGAUUUAGAUAACUGCUCGCAUCUGCUCACAUUGUGAAGUUUGGAAAUGAUUUUUUUUUUUUUUUAAUGAUUACAAAAGAAAGAAGAAGAAGGAGGAAAAAAAAAAAACCAAACCCCAGAUGGGAUGGUACAGCCAGACCUGUCAAAGGUUGGUCUCAAAUUCCCAUAAUUCAUAUGGACUUGGUAUAGAGGAGAGGAAAAUAAAUGCUCCUAUGUGUCUUGGAUUUCCUAGAUGUGUUGUUUUGUGUUGUUUUGUUAGAUCGAGUUCUCUGACUGUCUAAUCCGAACUUUAAAAAGGGACUGGAAGACUGUCGAUAUUUUUAAAACGGGAGAAUUACUGCUUGAUUUUUGUUACAGCAAGACACUACAGGUGAAUAAAAUAUUAGAGAUCGCGAUUAAUCUUCGCCAUUUGGUUGCUGAUAUUCUUUGUAUUGGAACUUACGGAGGAAGUACAUUUAUUUAUGCAAACAAGGCUUCGUCUAAAUAAUAUAUAUCUAUCAAACAAUCUAGUUUUUUGGUUUAUAUUCGAAUUGAAAUGUUUUGUUUAUUUCACUGUGAAGACUUCCUCUCAAGAGAACCGCUUUUACGGAACUCUUUGUUGGAAUAUCAUUUCUUUAUCGUUUAACCAAGGAAACACAGUGAGCUGUUAUGCAAAAAAAAAAAAAAAAAAAAAAGAAGAAGCUAUUUUUCAGUAUAACGGAAAUCUAACAAUUAUCAUCAUCAACAUUUUGAGGAGUUCCUCAGCUUAUAUAAAUAGGGAUCGAAAUGAAGAUGUAAAAAUUUCAUGAAUGCAGGUCAUCUAGAAAAUGAGAUUUUUGGCUUCUGUAUAUAGGGGGAAAUGAUUUUCAGAAAAAUAAUGUGUUUUGAAAAUGCACUGUGGUUUAAUGUGUUUCCCCUCUAGUUAGUGUGAUUUAUAAUGUUUAAAAAGGUCUUGCAUGUCACGUGAGUUGGCAAAAACAUUCAUUUAUUUAUUUAUUUAUUUGUUGUUGAGUUUUAAUAUUUGUAUGACUAUAGUAGAAGGGAAAACCUCAAACGUAAUUGAUCCAAAAAUCUGAAAGACUGACUUGUCCAAAAUGGUCAUUUUUCCCUGUAGUGUCUUGCCUUAAUUAGAGGAUGUACAGCAUUUGUAUGCAAGUGGCCUAUGCCAUAGACGGGCUCUGAAUGUAUACUAACGGGAGGUUAUUUUUACAUAAAGUCUAAUCUGUUUAAAAAAAAAACAAAAAAAAAAAACAGUGUGUGUGACCAGCAUGUUCAGGUAUCAGAUGACACACAGGAUUGUAAAAUAAUUAUCAGAUGCUGGCAGAUGGGAGACAAUUUUUAAAAAAAAAAAAGGAAAAAAAAAAGGUUUGUUGUGUGAUGGCAGGUCUGAGGAUGAACAGCAGGAAGACAGGAUAAUGGGGGGAUGGAGGAGGAGAGGGAUGAGAAAGCCCUACUCUUCAUUCUGCUCCAUUGUGUCUGUUAGAGCACCUCACUUUGUGUAGACAAGUGUUCUCUAGUAAGCUGUGUGUGUGGUAGUGUGCGUGAUGCUGAAGCUUCCCUCAGCUCUAUUCAUAUGGAUGCUCUAUUCGCCCGUGUGUGUGUGUGUAUAUGUGUGUGUGUGUCCUCAACCGUACACUGUCGCCUCACCUGAAUCUAAUAUUCGCGUGUUAGUUAGUUUCCUCCUGUGUAUGCACUAAUAGAACAUAUCUGUACACUCUCAUGGCCAAAUGUAUAUACUGAAUGUAAUAAACUGGGAUGUGGAGGCCUUGAGGUUCAAAGAAAUAAAGAGUUUAUGGGUCUAAAUAAAGCAGCCUUUGUUGUUCGUUCUGUGUUCUGUCACUACGGCUGUUUUUCCGCUGCAUUGUCAAAAAUGAGGACAAAACUGGAGUCAACUUCGGGCACUUCCACACUCAUUAGUCCAUUUGCUGAGCCCGAAUCAGAGAAUUUAUACUUUUUGGUUGUUUGCUCUUUGGUUUAGUUUAGUUUCACAUUGCACGUAAUUAUACAAACCAAAAAGCAACUAAAUAUUGUCUGAUGGGUAGGGCUGUAGUCUAGACUUUGUCCAAAUCAAGUCCAAGACCAGGACUAGCUGAGACUGAGUCAAGAUCAAGUCUUAAUGAGAUCAAUGUCAAGUCAAGAUCGAGACCAAAAACCAUCAAAUCCUUUUGAAGGCAAAGCCUUUAAAUCAUCUAGUUGGCUUGAUUCUUGUAUCACACCAAUGAUUAGGCUGUGUUUUCUAGAAGAAGGAAGUACGUCUUGCCAAACUUUGUGCAUGCGAAAAGAAAAGACAACCGGAACAUUGUUUUCACAAAUACACAAAUACUCAGUCAAACCAUAUUUAGUGAAACCAGUGCCCAAUACUGAGACAAGUCCAAGUAUAAAUGCUAGAAAGUCUGAGACAAGUCAAUACAAGAAAGCGUCUUGAGACCAGACUCGAGUCCUACAGCCUUACUAAGGGGCCUGUAGGGCUGAAAACGUAAAAGUCUUAAAACUCUUUCAUUCACUGUUUAGGGUAAAUAAACCUUUACCAAACGUAUGUACAAAUCACAACAACUCAUCCAAGCACAGAGAACACCGAGCUGGCACUCGAUGAUUAUAUAAAUAACUAGUUAUUAACAUCGUUCAAGUCUUCUUUUUGUUUUGUUGGUUCAAAUAUCCAAAACACAUCACAUUUUGGUUCAGUUUAUGCCCCGUGGCUCAACUCAGCAGCUUGUAACUUGUAAAAAAUGUUGUGCACAACCAACAAUGCAUGGUUUGUUUGGUUCACUUCCUGCAGUUGGGUUGAAUCUCUUUCUCAGUGAAAUAGAACCAUGCUGGAGUAGAAGCAGCCCGAGACCACCAUGCUCAGACGCUCUCGGAUGAGUUGUGUUGGCCCACAACCAGCGUGUGAUUGCUAUGUUCUUACCUGCCUAAAGAACCAAACCUUUUCUGUCUCUGUAUUUUUGACCAGUAAAUGAAAGAGUUUUAGUGUUUAGUUUUCUUGCCCUCUGCAAGCCUUAUUAUUAUUAUUUUUUUUUUUUUGCUUUCUGCAACUCAAUCAACUAAAUCAAACUAAACAGUAAAUGAACCAAAAAGAUCAAUUUCGGUCAAUAUAUUUCUGUUAUGUGUUGUAAUGUGGUGUACCCUGAGCUUUAUGUCUGACCAUCCGUGUCACAGUAAAAACCACCAGUUUGAUUUAAGGCAAGGUCUUUAAGGACGUUCUUAAAAUCUAGUCCGAUUUUCAAUUUCUGUCCUUUUCAGUUUUAUCUUAUUCAAGGUUGAGUGUUUUCAGAUAUACCUCUU